AUGGCUUCAGGAGGGCACUCGACAAUGGCUGUAACACAUCAUCAGCAACAGGAGGUGGGACUGGUUGGGUGUGAAAUUGUUUCCAGCGUCUUGGGGCAGUUGGAGACAACCAUUACGCCAGAGAAUGACCUAGAAGGAAGACUUCCUGAGGGUGCCAAAAACGAACUGAAAAAACUUCGUGACAAUCUGCAAGAAAUUCGAGAUGUGCUGGCUGAUGCAGAGCAAAAACAAGGGAAGGAGAAACCUCUGAGAUCAUGGUUGAACAAGCUCAAAAUUACGUGCUAUGACUUGGAAGAUGCUUUGGAUGAGUGGAACAUUGCUGUCUCGAAAAUGCAAGUCCCGGGCGCUGAUCUGAAUGCUUUUAUUCGUAGGAAAGAGAAGGUAUGUUUUAUGUUGCCCUCCUCUUGCAUUUGUUUCAAUGGUGUCAGUAUACAUGGUGACUUUGCUCGGAAGAUUAAAGAACUAAGUGAAAUAAUAGAUGAUAUUAACAAAGAUAAAAAAAAAUUUAGCCUUAAAGACAUUGGGAGGAGUGAUGAGAAAAUAGAGAGUGUUAGUAGCUCCUUUGAUGAUGUGUCUGAGAUAUGUUUUCGAGAAAAUGAGAAGAAGAGAUUAGUGGGUAAGUUGUGUGAGAGUGAUGUUAAAAGAAAACAUCCCCAUAUCAUAUCAGUUGUAGGGCCGAAAGGAGUCGGAAAAACAACUCUGGCUCAAUUUGCCUACAAUGAUAAUAUGGUGAUAAGUUAUUUUGAUAAAAGAAUAUGGGUGCGUGUUUCUGACCCUUUUGAUGAGCUUAAGAUAGCUAAGUCUAUCAUUAAUGCUCUGAAAUGGGUAGUCUUUAAUGUUGUUGAAAUUGGGUCUCUUUUGCAAUGGAUUAGUCUAUCUGUUGUGGGAAAGAAAUGUCUUCUUGUUUUAGAUGGUAUGUCCGUAGAAGACUAUAAAAAAUGGGAGCCAUUUUAUCGUUGUCUGAAGAAUGGUUUACCUGGUACUAAGAUUUUAAUUACCACUCGAAAGGAGACAAUAGCUCCUAUGGUCGAAUCAAAAGAUGUUGUCCACGUUGAGAAAUUGCGUGGAGAGGGAUGUUUGAUGUUGUUAAAACAUUUAGCAUUUUUUGAUAGGUCUCCUGAGGAUUGGGUAGAAGACAUAGGUGAGAAAAUUGCAGAUAAGUGUAAGGGCUUGCCUUUUGCUGUAAAGAUUAUUGGGAGUCUCUUACGCUUUAAAAAUACCAAAGAGCAAUGGCAGAGAAUCUUAGGAAGUUAUAGUACAAUAUGA